UUUCGAUGAUCGAAUGUUUAUUUUCUGUUUGUUGUGGAGCAAAGUGAAAAUACCCCGCGUCAGAUGGAAAUUUAAACAAAUUAUAUUGUGUUUCUGAGGAGAAGUGGUUUUAAUUUAUUGAAAAUGAGGGCCGUACUGCAUUGUAUUGAGGUCGAAAACUUCAAGUCCUACAGAGGAAAGCAGAUGAUUGGACCAUUGAAGCCGUUCACCGCUGUAAUCGGCCCCAAUGGCUCAGGGAAAUCGAAUUUCAUGGAUGCAAUUUCAUUUGUCAUGGGAGAAAAAACUUCAAGUCUUCGAGUCAAGCGUUUAAGUGAUCUCAUUCAUGGAGCUUCUGUUGGAAAUCCAAUUGCAAGCAGGGCUUCAGUUACUGCAAUUUUUCGCAUGGAGGAUGGUUCUGAAAGACACUUUACAAGAACCGUGCAAGGUUCAUCAUCGGAACAUCGUUUCAACCGCGAGCCAGUAUCAAGCAAUGUAUACCUUCAGGAACUUGAAAAAUUAGGCAUCAAUGCAAAAGCCAAAAAUUUUCUGGUGUUCCAAGGUGCUGUUGAAUCUAUUGCUAUGAAAAAUCCCAAAGAAAGAACAAUUUUGUUUGAAGAAAUUAGUGGCUCUGGCAAUUUGAAGGAUGAGUAUGAGAAGCUUAAAUCUGAAAUGCUGAAAGCUGAGGAAGAAACUCAGUUUACUUACCAGAAGAAAAAAGGUAUAGCUGCUGAGAGGAAGGAAGCCAAACUUGAGAAAGAAGAAGCUGAAAAAUACCAGCGCUUGAAAGAUGAUCUGGCUGACAAACAAGUUGAAUUGCAACUUUUCCGUCUAUUCCACAAUCAAAAAGAAAUUGAGAGACUUGAGGAUGAAUUUCGCCGAAAGCAAACAGAGAUAGAGAAAAUAGAGAAGAAAAAAGAAAAAGCUGAAGAAAUUUUAAAAGAAAAGAAGAAAGAAAGUGGGAAGGCGUCUCGGGAGUAUGCUAAAAUUGAACAAGAGAUUCGAGAAAACGAAGUUGAAAUGAAUCGCAAGCGCCCAACAUUUAUCAAAGCAAAAGAGAGAGUUGCUCAUGUUAAAAAGAAGCUUGAAAGUGCCCACAAAUCGCUGUCCCAGGCUCAAAAGGCUCAUGAUGCCCAUGAAGAAGACAUCCGUGUUCUUCAGCAAGAAAUGGAGGCUGUAGAAGCUAAGCGGCUUGAGUAUGAAGAGCAGAUUGCAGGAGAGAGCCAAAGCCAGGGCCGUGAUGUCCAUUUGGAGGAAAACCAGGUUCAAGAGUACAACCGGCUAAAGGAAGAAGCAGGGAAACGUUCAGCGAUGUGUCUACAGCAGUUGGACUCAGUGAACAGAGAGCAGAAAUCUGACCAAGAUCGUCUGGACAAUGAAGGACGGAAGCGUUCUGAAAUAGAGAACAAAAUGAGACAGAAAGGCCACGAGAAGGAUGAAGCUCUGAAAAGAAGCCAGAAACUUUCUGAGCAUAUUCGUGUGAGUGAAAAAGCACUAGAGGAACAGCUUGCAUUGAGAACAGCAUUAACAUCUGAUGUUGGUUCGAGCAAAGAACAAGUUCAGUCGAUUCAGAAGGAACUGGAACAAAUUACAGAGCAGUUAGGAGAUGCACGUGUUGACAAACAUGAGGAUAGUCGUAGAAAAAAGAAGCAAGAAAUUGUUGAAAACUUCAAACGUCUCUUUCCUGGAGUGUUUGACCGCAUGAUCAAUAUGUGUGAACCAAUACACAAAAAAUUCAACAUGGCUAUCACCAAGGUACUUGGUAAAUAUAUGGAAGCAAUUGUUGUGGAUACUGAAAAAACAGCUCGUCAGUGUAUUCAAUAUCUAAAAGAACAGAUGUUGGAACCAGAAACUUUUCUACCUCUUGACUACAUUCAGGCGAAACCUUUAAAAGAACGUCUAAGAAACAUCAAAGAACCUAAAAAUGUUCGUCUCUUAUUUGAUGUUUUGCAUUAUCAACCACUUGAGAUUAAGCGGGCUGUUUUGUUUGCCACAAAUAAUGCUCUUGUAUGUGAUACACCAGAAGACGCUAUGAAAGUGGCUUAUGAAAUAGAACCUCACCAUCGAUAUGAUGCUGUGGCCCUUGAUGGUACUUUCUAUCAGAAAUCUGGAAUUAUCUCUGGAGGCUCUUUGGAUUUGGCAAGGAAAGCUAAGAGGUGGGAUGAAAAGCAGAUGUCCCAAUUAAAAUCUCGAAAGGAAGAGUUAACUGAGAAACUCCGUGAAUCUAUGAAGAAAUCAAGGCAAGAAUCUGAAUUAAAUACCAUUGACUCCCAAAUUAAAGGAUUGGAAACAAGACUAAAGUUCUCCAGAGGGGAUAGAGAAAAGACACUGAAACAAAUCGAUGAUCUGGACCGAGAACUUCAGACCUUGAAAACACAGCUUGAAGAAUAUGGGCCAAGAAUUGAUGAGAUUGAACAUUCCAUGGAAGUACGUGAUAGGAAGCUUGAUCAACUGAAGGAAAAGUUGAACUCUGUUGAAGAUGACGUAUUUGCUGACUUCUGCGCCUCAAUUGGUGUUGCCAACAUCAGACAGUAUGAAGAGCGGGAGUUAAGAACCCAGCAGGAAAGAGCUAAACGCCGUAUGGAAUAUGAAGAUCAGAAGAAUCGCAUUCUAAAUCAGCUGGACUUUGAGAAGACCCGAGACACCAAAGAUAAUGUUCUACGCUGGGAGAGAGCUGUUCAAGACGAUGAAGAUGCUUUGGAGUCAGCUAAACAAGCUGAGCAGAAGCAACUUCAGGAAAUUGACAAGGACAUGAGAGAGCUAGACCGUUUGAAAGCUGAAAGAUUAAACAAAAAGAGUGAAGUUGAUGCUUUUGAUGAACUUAUUGGAAAGGCAAGAAGAGAAGUAGGUGCAAUCGCCAAAGAUAUUCAAGCAGCUCAAAAGCAAGUUACAAGCCUUGAAUCCAAAGUUGAGCAACGUAAAGCAGAACGCCAUUCACUGUUAAAACAAUGCAAGAUGGAAGAUAUUGUGAUACCUAUGCUCAGGGGUAACAUGGAAGAUAUUGCAGCUGAAGGUGGAGACACAUUUGAAGAUACAAGCAGUGCUGCAACUUCAAUGAACACUACUCAGCAGAUGUAUGACAGAGAAAGCAGAAUCCAAUUAGAUUAUCGCCAACUAAAUGAUGAUUACAAAGACCUUGAUGAAGCUGAUGAAAUUAAGAAACGUGGAGAUAAAUUACAAAGAGCUAUCAACAGUCUUAUGGACACUAUUCAAAGAAUCCAGGCGCCAAAUAUGAAGGCGAUGCAAAAACUUGAUUUGGCUAGAGAAAAACUCCAAGAAACAAAUGAGGAGUUUGACACAGCUCGUAAGAAAGCUAAGAAGACCAAACAAUCUUUUGAAAAGGUUAAGAAGGAUCGUCAUGAUCGGUUCAUGGAUUGCUUUGAACAUGUUUCAAAUGAAAUUGAUGGCAUCUACAAGCAUUUGGCUAAAAAUCAAUCUGCACAAGCCUUCCUUGGACCUGAAAACCCAGAAGAACCUUACCUAGAUGGCAUUAACUACAAUUGUGUUGCCCCUGGAAAACGUUUCCAGCCCAUGAGUAAUUUGUCUGGUGGUGAAAAGACUGUAGCUGCUCUUGCACUUUUGUUUGCUAUCCAUAGCUACCAACCCGCUCCAUUUUUUGUGUUGGAUGAGAUUGAUGCAGCGCUAGACAAUACAAACAUUGGAAAAGUUGCAAGUUACAUCAGAGAGAAAACAUCAUCGUUGCAGACCAUUGUUAUUUCACUGAAGGAAGAGUUUUACAGCCAUGCUGAUGCCCUCAUUGGUAUUUGCCCAGAUGCUGGUGAAUGCCUUGUCAGCAAAGUUUUAACAUUUGACUUGACCCAGUUCCAAACACAUCUUGAUGAGAGUGAACGCUGACAAAACGAUGAGCCCUCAACAAAUGUUGAAGGGCAUAGUAAGAAGAUACUGCGAUCUUCUAAAAGGAAAUCAAACUAGUGAAUUUCAAUACACAAGUCCAACCCCAUCACACAGACGAUUUGAUUAUCUCUUUAUUUUUUUGUGGAUUUGGUGAGAGUUAAUUCAGGAGAUACUUUGAGGCAGUUUGCAUGGAUGCCUAAUUAAGUAUGUCUUCAAAUGAGGCAGUUGCAAUAUCUGUAAAUAAUUUGCACUAAUUUUUAUAUUGAUUUCUGUAAUUAUGUUGCAGGGAUGUUUUACCCUUUUGAUUUCAUAGUUUCGUUUUAUUAUUGAAAGUUCUUAGUUCUUAAUGUUUCUGAAUUGUUAUCUUUUAUAGGGUUUUUUCAUGAAUGACCCAUUGCAUAUUCUUUUAUUUGUUGAGUGCAUCAUGUACCUAAUAAUUGACUUAAUUUAAGGUUUCUGUGUUAGUUGGUUAGUUGACAGCCUGUAAUGUACAUAUUUUUCCUCAUGUAUUAGUAAAACUUAGUUCUGAAGUAGUACUUCAUAGUAAAAAGAACACCUUGUACUUUGUUACAGUACAUUAUAUUUCAUGCUGUGGAUUUGUAAGAUCAUUCUUCAAUGUAUAGGUUAUAGUAUUAUUUUAUUUUGCCAUGAUUAUGAAUAAUAAUAAAUUACUUUUUGUCUACGAUGUA